AUGCCUUCUGCUGGCCCAGAGGAGCUAGAUACCCGUUUGGAUAUCCCCGUCGCCAUGACCUCCGAUCAUACCCUCUCCACGCUUCAACGGCCUAGAGCCGCGACUUCCACUCUUCCAGCUAUGCCGCAAUCACCCACUCUUCGACAGUCAUUACGAGGCCCCAGGUCCGUGCAUGGGGGAAGUCCACCGCUGGGGUCAAAUGAGCAGGAGGUGACAAGAUCGGCUCAGGAACCACUACGACACCCGAAGCCUCUGACCCCUUCAGAUCUUCAUCUUGUACUGGAAAAAGAGCAGGAAGCGAUGGUCAAUCGAUUGACGCGCGAGCUCUCCCUUCUCCGCCAGCAGACUGCAUCCGUGGCAUCCACAGCAUCCUCCACUUCCACCUUGAAUGAGUCCACUGAAGGCGUACAUGGCUCCCCAUCUUUGGCCGGCUCUACAAACUCCCUUUCAUCUCGUCGACAGCGUUCCUCCUCCAGUCUCGGCUCCCAUACACCCUCCAUUCAAGGCAGCCAAGCAAGCGUCACAGGAAUAGCCCCCUCUCGAACAGCUGAUCAUCACCGAUCCACACGAAGCCGCGAACCAUCUCUCUCUCAUCGCCGCCCGUCCAUCGGAUCACUCAGCUCGUACACGCAGCACCCUCACGCAGAACACGUCGCCCACUAUGGAAGCCCCUCUAUCUACCCCCAUCGGAAUUCAAUCUCCCAGACUCACUUGGGUCUGUCGAGUAGCUCCCUCGCUCGAUGCGAGGAGGUCGCAUUGCACAGAUCGGAGCUAGAAACCGCCAGGCGAGAGAAUGAGCAGCUAAGACGGCGGGUCAGGGAGCUGGAACAAGUUUUGAAGAAGCAGAAGGACGAAUCUGUCGAUUUUUGA